AUGAGCACCUCCGUGUCCGAGAUCAUCGACAGUAUCAACUUCAACAGCCCGCCUGCACAUGCUCUGGAGCUCUCCUAUCUCGAGCAGGCCAAUCCCCGUGGCUACACACGACCCAUGUUCUUGUUCCCUGCGGUCAAGGGUGUGGAUCAGAUGGAAGUUGUCGAAAUCCUCCGCAGAGCCCUGAAGCCGACCCUCGAAGCCAUUCCAUCGCUGGCUUGCGAGUUUGUGCCAGUUGAGGAUGGCAAGACCCCGACUGGAAGAGUGGCUCUCAAACAUGGUGAUUUUGGCUAUCUGGUUGUCAAGGACGUUCGAGGCACUGGUUUCUCAUACGAGGAAUUGCGACAACAAAAGUUUCCUCAAUCACGACUUGACCCAGAUGUGUUUUGCGCCCGCGGUGUAUUCCCUCGGCCGGGAGAGAACCAGCCUGCUUGGAUUCCUCAACUGAACAUCAUCAAUGGAGGUUUUAUUCUCACUCUUCACAGCCAUCACACAAUCUACGAUGCUCAAGCUAUCAACGAGAUUCUCAGAGUGUGGGCACAGAAUUGUCGACACGUACAGGAUGGAGCCGUGCCAGCACGUUGUUCCCUUCCUGCAGCACAAUUCGAGAGAUCUGCUCAUAUCACUACUCGUGAGUCAACGGCAGAUGUUGGCAAUCCUGAAAAGCAUCCCGAGUUCAUUGUCGCCCCCUUCACUCUCUCUUGGCCCGAGACAGCUUUCAGGACUACACACAGACAACGCGUUUACCGCCUCUCACCUAAAGCCCUGGCUGAACUCAAGAACGACUGCACCGAGUCUGGCGACUCCUGGAUCUCGACAAAUGACGCAGCGACAGCACUCAUGUGGCGCUCAAUCAUCCGUGCUCAAGCCGAUUUCGAUACCCUCCCUGAAGAUGCCAUGUCCCACCACGUCGUCGUUGUCGACUUACGUCUACGCUCCAGCCCACCACUCUCAAAGCACUACCCCGGAUGCCCGAUGAACUACGCCCGACCAGGCAUGAAUCUUCGUGAGCUCUGCAGCACCACCUCUCUUGCUCCUCUGGCCCGCGCGAUCAGAGACCAAGUAGACCAACGCACACCCGCAUACACUGAGUCCCUUGUCACUCUACUCAACAACAUCCCCGGCUAUGGCCACUUCGCAUGGACGUCUUUCCCUUCCCUCCUCACCACCGACUGCAUGACCUCCACAUGGUACAAACUCGACAUUCUGGAUCUUGACUUUGGCCCUGCAAUCGGUCAAAUCGAAAGAGUCAGAUUCCCCACUGGAGGACUGUUUAACGGUCUCAGUAUGAUCUAUCCGCAGAUCACCAGAGGUGAACCGGAGCAUCUGGGUAUGGAGAUUGCGGUUGGAAUGGAGAUGCAGCAUUUUGAAAAGUUGAACAAGGAUCCGGUUUGGUGCAGGUAUGCUGAGUUGACGGAUCCUGGGUAUGAUUGCAUGUAG